GCUACAUGUCGUCCCCGCAGGCCCUAGAGGAUGAACAGGGCGACGGCGAUCCACCCAGGGACCUCCGCAGCGUCCUGGUCACCAGCGUGCUCAACCUCGAGCUGCUGGACGAGGAUCUCUUCAGAGGAAGGCAUUACUGGGUACCCUCAACCCAGCGGCUGUUUGGGGGUCAGAUCGUGGGCCAGGCUUUGGUGGCUGCAGCCAAGUCUGUGAGUGAAGAUGUCCACGUGCAUUCCCUGCACUGUUACUUUGUUCGGAAAGGGGACCCGAAGGUGCCGGUGCUGUACCAGGUGGAACGGACGCGAACUGGGGUGAGCUUCUCCGUGCGCUCCGUGAAGGCUGUGCAACACGGCAGGCCCAUCUUCAUCUGCCAGGCCUCCUUCCAGAAGGCCCAGCCCAGCCCUGUGCAGCACCAGUUCUCCAUGCCUACCGUGCCUCCGCCGGAAGAGCUGCUUGGCCACGAGGCCCUCAUUAACCAGUAUUUAAGGGACCCUAACCUCCAAGAGAAGUACCGAGUGGGGCUGAACCGAAUUGCUGCCCGGGAGGUGCCCAUUGAGAUCAAGCUGGUAAACCUACCCACUCUGAGCCAGCUGCGGAGCAUGGAGCCCAAACAGAUGUUCUGGGUGCGAGCCCGGGGCUACAUUGGGGAGGGCGACAUGAAGAUGCACUGCUGCGUGGCAGCCUAUAUCUCGGACUAUGCCUUCCUGGGCACAGCACUGCUGCCCCACCAGUGGCAGCACAAGGUGCACUUCAUGGUCUCCUUGGAUCACUCCAUGUGGUUCCACGCCCCUUUCCGAGCUGACCACUGGAUGCUCUAUGAGUGUGAGAGCCCCUGGGCCGGGAAGGGGGGCUCUCGAGUGCCAACAGCAUCACAAUAAAGGAGCCACCACCUUGAAGUUAGGACUCUUGGGUUCAUGUUUGGCCUGAUCCUUAAGGCCAAGUUCCUGAACCUCUCCGGACUUGACUGGCAUCAUCUGGAACAUGGGACAAGGCCUGCUUCACUUAGUCACCGUGAGGCCUAAGUGAGCUGUUCUGCAUAUAAGAGAAACCAGCAGUUCCCUUCCUAAAUAAUCAGACUAAGGCCCUGGGCUAGCAAGGGAGAAUCUCCACGUGGGGAGGGGGGGUGGCCAGGCCUCACGGCUCCACGUCCCGUCCUCUGAG